CGCCAUGCUGUAGACCCCGCGGACUGCCGCAGAGGCAGGUUUUAUUUCCACAUGUUUUGCUGCAGGGAGCUGUGAGGCGAUCGGGUUGAGCUCGAAAUCCGCCAUGUCAUGAAUAAGCACCUGUGUCAUCACGUGAGGGCACCUUCAGCCAUGUCGUGGUGUGCUGAUGCAUUGACCUAUGAGGAUGUGCAUGUGAAUUUCACACAUGAAGAGUGGGCUUUGCUGGAUCCUUCCCAGAAGAGUCUCUACAAAGAUGUGAUGUUGGAAACCUACUGGAACCUCACUUCUAUAGGGUACAAGUGGGAAGAUGAAAAUAUUGAAGAACAUUGUCAAAGUUCUAGAGGACAUAGAAGGUAA